UAAACACCGAAGCAAAAAUGUGACUGGGAAAACUAUUCAAAAUUAACAGAAUAUACUGGAACUAAGUUGGGUGUACUAGUUAGUCGGUGGCUAGCAGACAGCCAUGGACACCACCACCUCCCUGAAGAUGACCACUCUGGCUACCCAGAGUUUGUUCAACUACGUGGAAGAGGAGAACUUGUCUGCCAUUAAGGCUCAUCUGGAAAAGUUUAGAGAGGUGGACAGCAGAAGUGACAAUGGGCAAACUCCCCUGAUGGUGGCAGCAGAGCAGGGCAACUUGGAGAUCGUCCAAGAGUUCAUUAGGAGAGGUGCCAAUGUUAACCUGGACGAUGUGGACUGUUGGACGGCGCUGAUCUCGGCUGCCAAGGAGGGACACAUCGCGGUGGCGAGAGAGCUACUGGAGAACAAUGCCAACCUGGAACACAGAGACAUGGGAGGUUGGACUGCUCUCAUGUGGGCAGCCUAUAAAGGUCGCACUGAUGUUGCCCAUCUGCUGCUGGAGAAAGGCGCCAACCCCAACAUCACCGGUCAGUACAGCGUCUACCCCAUUAUCUGGGCAGCUGGUCGAGGGCAUGGAGAGAUCGUCCAUCUUCUACUGCAGCACGGAGCAAAAGUUAACUGCUCGGACAAGUAUGGUACCACUCCGUUGAUCUGGGCGGCCAGGAAGGGUCACUAUGAGAGCGUGAUACACCUUUUGGCCAAUGGAGCUGAUGUGGACCAGGAGGGAGCAAACUCAAUGACAGCUCUGAUUGUGGCAGUGAAGGGGGGCUUCACAGAGGUCGUCAAGGAGCUGCUGAAGAGGAACCCCAAUGUCAACAUGAAGGAUAAGGAUGGCAACACGGCACUGGCUAUCGCCGCCAAGGAAGGACACACCGAGAUUGUCCAGGAUCUGCUGGACGCUGGCACCUAUGUCAACAACCCAGACAGGAGUGGGGAGACAGUGCUGAUUGGAGCAGUGAGAGGAGGGCAUGUGGAGAUAGUCAGAGCCCUGCUGAACAAAUAUGCUGAUAUUGACGUCAGGGGCCCGGAUGGAAAGACUGCCCUCUACUGGGCUGUGGAGAAAGGUAAUGCCACCAUGGUGAGAGACAUCCUACAGUGUAAUCCAGACACUGAGAGCUGCACCAAGGAGGCAGAGACUCCACUUAUCAAAGCCACCAAGAUGCGAAACAUAGAAAUAGUGGAACUGCUACUGGAUAAAGGGGCUAAGGUGUCUGCUGUGGACAAGAAAGGAGACACACCUCUUCACAUCGCCAUCCGAGGGCGAAGCCGCAAGCUGGCUGAGCUGCUACUUAGGAACCCUAAAGAUGGCCGCCUGCUGUACCGGCCCAACAAGGCCGGAGAGACGCCAUACAACAUCGACUGCACCCAUCAGAAGAGCAUCCUUACACAGAUAUUUGGAGCCAAGCACCUUUCCCCCUCUGAGUCAGAUGGGGACAUGUUGGGUUAUGACCUGUAUAGCAGUGCCCUUGCUGACAUUUUGAGUGAGCCCACCAUGCAGCCACCCAUCUGUGUGGGCCUGUAUGCCCAGUGGGGCAGCGGCAAGUCCUUCCUGCUUAAGAAACUGGAGGAUGAGAUGAAGACGUUCGCUGGCCAGCAGAUAGAGCCACUGUUCCAGUUCUCCUGGCUGGUGGUCUUCCUGACCUUGCUGCUGUGUGGCUCUGUGGCUGUGAUCCUGGGCUUCACAGUGGACCCCAAACUGGCUAUAGCUGUCUCCCUGAGCCUCCUCGCCCUGCUCUACAUCUUCUUUGUGUUGGUGUACUUUGGAGGCCGUCGUGAGGGGGAGAACUGGAACUGGGCCUGGGUCAUCAGCACCCGUCUGGCUCGCCAGGUCGGCUACUUGGAGCUGCUGCUUAAAUUGAUGUUUGUCAACCCCCCUGAGCUUCCUGAGCAGACCACCCGUGCCCUGCCUGUCAGGUUUCUGUUCACGGAUUACAACCGCCUGUCCAGCGUUGGAGGGGAGACCUCCAUGGCAGAAAUGAUCGCCACCCUCUCAGAUGCCUGUGAGAGGGAGUUUGGCUUCAUGGCCACCAGACUUUUCAGGGUCUUCAAGAAAGAUGAGAUCCAAGGUAAGAAGUGGAAGAAGACAUGCUGUGUUCCGUCCUUUGUGCUCUUUGCCCUGACGUUAAGCUGCCUGAUCACUGGUAUGGCCCUACUGGCUAUCUUCAAGGUGGACCCUGAGAACCUGACUGUGAAUGCGGUGCUGAUAGCCAUGGCUAGCGUGGUGGGACUGGCCAUACUGCUCAAUUGUAGGACCUGGUGGCAGGUGGCGGACUCUGUCCUCAACUCCCAGAGGAAACGUCUACACAGUGCAGCCAACGACUUGCACAAACUUAAGAGUGAAGGAUUCAUGAAGGUUCUGAAGCAUGAGGUGGAGCUCAUGUCCAGGAUGGCCAAGACCAUUGAUGGCUUCACCCAGAACCAGACACGCAUGGCUGUCAUCAUCGAUGGGCUGGACGCUUGCGAACAGGACAAAGUGCUUCAGAUGCUGGACACGGUGAGGGUGCUGUUCUCCAAAGGCCCCUUCAUCUCCAUCUUUGCCAGUGACCCCCACAUCAUCAUCAAGGCCAUCAACCAGAACCUGAACAGCGUACUGAGAGACUCCAACAUCAACGGCCAUGACUACAUGAGGAAUAUUGUCCACCUGCCAGUCUUCCUCAACAGCCGAGGCCUUAGCACGGCGAAGAAGCUCUGCACGGCGGCCCCCACCAACGGAGACCUGAUGCCCGCUGAGGGAUGGCAUGAAGAGACAGACAGAAAGAACAGCCUGGGAGAGCAGACCAAGUUUGGCAGCAAGAACGCCCUCAACCGCAGGGACACGUACCGGCGGCGCCAGAUGCAGAGGACAAUCACAAGGCAGAUGUCCUUUGACUUGACCAAGCUGCUGGUAACCGAGGACUGGUUCAGUGACAUCAGCCCUCAGACCAUGAGGAGACUUCUCAACAUCGUCUCCGUCACUGGUCGUCUUCUGCGGGCCAAUCAGAUCAUCUUUAACUGGGACCGGCUCGCAUCGUGGAUCAACCUGACUGAGGAGUGGCCCUACAGGACGUCAUGGCUCAUUCUUUACCUUGAGGAGACAGAUGGAGUCUCUGAUCAGGUCACAAUGAAGGCCAUCUAUGAACGAAUCUCCAAGAACAUUCCCACCACCAAAGAUGUGGAACCCCUGCUGGAAAUUGAUGGUGACAUCCGCAGCUUUGAGGUCUUCCUUUCCUCCAGGACGCCGGUCCUCACUGCCCGGGACGUGGAGAUGUUUCUGCCUUGCACUGUCAACCUUGACCCCAAACUCAGAGAGAUCAUCGCAGCGCUGCUGUGUGCGCACCGCUGUCCUGCCGAAUCUGUGAGACGAUGCAACAGCUGUAUUGGCUUUCUGUUGGAGCUGAGCUGA